AUCCAUGAAAAAAGGUAGGCUGGGGACUGAGCUCGAGAGCGAACCGAGGGUCCUCGGGCCUAUGGGACGCUUUCUGUCGUCCCAGAGCGGAAGGGCAUGCUGCCAUGGGAACUCUGGACCCCGACCCCAGAGUGCUGUACUGGAGCUGUGGGAAGAGGGCUGUUCUGUAGGGUCUGGAAAUCCUCCCGGGGGCUCCUCUGAGCUGGGUGAAUUUGAGGUGGAUUUGGGUCACAACGAGAGCUUAAACUCCGAGACCUCUAGCCCCUAAGUAAAAUAAAAAUCUAGAGGAGGCGCUUCGGCUUGAUUUUGUUGUUGUUGCUGUCAAUCUUUUCUUUAAAUUGGAUAUAGGAUGGGAUGAUGGGUAGGAAGGCAUCAGGUGAAUUGCAUGCAAGCGGCCCUCUGGACUGCCGGUUUUGGGACGGAAGAGAUAAAGAUAAGGUGGUCUCUUUUCUUGUUUUUCUCCCCAAUAUGGCCGGGUAGAGGUGAAGAUUCUCAAAAUAUUUGUGUUUGCUGAUCUGAACAACAGACUUCUCCCCAACCCUAUAUUCCAGUCGGCCUUCCCGCAUUUAUUUUUUUUAACGCUUUCUUAAGUGUCAAGCUAUGCUUCAGGAGUCUGCUCUGCAUUACGUCGUUCAAGUCACGAACCAAGUACAGACAUAGAAACUAAGGUCUUCUGAGAGCUAAUAGUUCACUGGGUCUCACUCUUAGUGUUGACCUCAGUAUGCUGCGACGAAAACCAACGCGCCUGGAGCUGAAGCUUGAUGACAUUGAAGAAUUUGAGAACAUUCGAAAGGACCUAGAGACCCGCAAGAAACAGAAGGAAGAUGUGGAUGUUAUAGGUGGCAAUGAUGGAGAAGGAGCCAUUGGGCUCAGUAGUGACCCCAAGAGCCGGGAACAAAUGAUUAAUGAUCGGAUUGGUUAUAAACCUCAACCCAAGCCAAACAAUCGCUCAUCUCAGUUUGGAAGUUUUGAAUUUUAAAGAUGGAUUCCCUUGCACAGAACAGCCCUGGAAUGGGAUAAAAUGAUGGAAGAAAUACCAGAUUUAGAGAAUUGAGUACAUGCAGUGAAGCAGAAUAUUUUACCUCCUGCCAAGAAAGAUAAAUUUUGUAUGAAAUUACUGAUGUUCAACUUUCACACUAAGCUGGAAUUUGAACACUGGUUUGUCUCUGGAAAAUUUUACUCCAUAAAACAUCUGAUUUUUGUUUUUAAAAAUAAAUAUAUUUUUGGAAAA